UAAUUUGGAUCUGGAUUCUCCCUUCAAAGCACUCCCAUUAAUAGCAAAGCUGGGGGACCAAAGCCAUUGUUCUCUCACCCUUCCCUUUGCUGGAGUGCUCUGCAGUGUUGCCAUGGCAGAUUCUUUCUGGGUAAGAUAAAGACAGGCAGUGCACAUGCUCAGAGAUGCAAGUGUACAUGCUCCACUAGCAGCUUGCAGCAGCCAUCUAAGAGACCAUUGCAAAGGGAAGGGAAAGAUCAGUGAAGGAGGAAGAUUCAACUAGCAAGAUGCUGAAGACUUGUGUAAACAGAGUGAUCACUUUUGCACCACUAAUUCUAAUAAUUUGGCUUAUUUCUACAAAGCCAACUAUAGCUGAAGAAGAAUCGGGAACAACAAUCCCUGCAGAAAGUCGCCCAUGUGUUGAUUGCCAUGCAUUUGAAUUCAUGCAAAGAGCUUUGCAAGAUUUAAAGAAAACAGCUUACAAUUUAGAUUCACGGACAGAGACAUUGCUUUUUAAAGUGGAGAAGAGAACUCUGUGUGACUGUUUGACAGCAAAUACCUUGAACUGAAUACUGGAUAUCUGUCUAGAUGUUUCUGGCUCUUGAACGGUUUUUAAAAUGCUGCAGUUAAUGCAGAAAAAUGUAGGAAACAAUUACUGCAAAGAUGUAAUCCUUGGGGCACUUAUACAUUUAUUAGGUUACUUUGUGUCUGCAAUCCAAGUUAUUGUGUAAGACAUUUUUACCCCUUUUGAUGUCAUCGUGAGAGUCAAGAUAUUUUCCAAAAGAAGGGAAAUGCAGUCAAAGGAGGUGCAAUUAUGCGCUAUUAACAUUUUAAUUUUAGAACUCUAAUUUUUAACUGUAUCCAUUUUUAGAACUGUAUAAAAAUUCAAAACAUU